GCGCAUGCAGUACAUGCUGGUAUGUGCGUGCGCGCGUGCGUGUGUGUGUGAAAUAAGUGAAUUGCUAGAAAGGUAAUUUGUAAAAACAGAGAAGCUUCCCUCUCUGCAUUCCUCUUGAUCCUUGAUGCCUUUCUAAGCGUCUGUCAUACCAUCAUGCAUUCAGUAGAUAUUUCAGCAAAAUUUAAAAAAGUGAUAGUAACAAAUAAAGAAGAAAAAAAGACAAAAAGGAAAGAUAGAGGGAGAGAAGCAGUCAGCAGAUAACGAGCUGUGACUUGCCCAUUAAUUUGAAACGCCUUCACAACUGAAAGGGUGCAAGAGGUUCUACCUGAGGAACCAAGAGAGAAACAAGAAAGAAAGAAAACAGGGUGUUUAUUCUGGAUUCAUCAUUACAAAGACUUCCAUGAAGCAAGAUGGCUGCCCAAAAUGUCACUCGUUUCACCAACAACACUUCUCAAUAUGACUGCAAGUUUAAUGAGGACUUCAAGUACAUCUUACUACCUGUCAGCUAUGGGUUGGUGUUUUUAGUAGGCUUGAUACUCAACAUCACUGCACUGUAUUCAAUCCUGUUCCGGAUCAAACACUGGAGCCCCAACACCAUCUACAUGAUCAACCUGACAGUGUGUGACACACUCUACAUCCUCACACUACCCUUUCUGAUCUACUACUAUGCCGACAAGAAUGACUGGCCAUUUACUGAAGUGUUCUGCAAAAUGAUCCGCUUUCUUUUCUACACCAAUUUGUAUGGUAGUAUCCUCUUCCUCAGCUGCAUCAGCAUCCAUCGCUUCCUUGGCAUUUGUCACCCGGUGCGAUCGAUGCAAUGGGUUAACGCUCGCCGUGCCCGUUAUGUUUCAGUCCUUGUUUGGGUAAUUGUUCUCACUUUCCAGGCACCUGUGCUCUACUUUUCCAGAACCACGCAUCAAGUGUGCCAUGACACCACAUCUCAGGCCCUGUUUAAUUAUUUUAUGGUGUAUAGCUCGGUCAUUUCUGUCAUUUUGUUUGUGAUACCCUUUGUAUUAGUGCUAGUGUGCAAUGGCCUGAUGGUGCGGAAACUUUUAGAGACCACCACCAUAGGAGGUGCAACAUCCCAGCGGUCCAAACAAAAAUCAGUGAAGAUGAUUGUCAUAGUGCUGCUGGUUUUUAUACUCUGCUUCCUGCCCUUCCAUCUCACACGGAGUCUGUAUUACAGUUUUCGAUACUUCAAAGUGAACUGUACACUGCUGGAGGGUUCUAAUGUAGCUUACAAGGUCAUGAGGCCACUAGCCAGUGUGAACAGCUGCUUUGACCCCAUACUUUACUUCAUGGCAGGACAGGGUUUCCGACAGAGUGUAAGCAAAAAACUCAAGCAGUCUCAGAGAAAGGAGGAGAGCAAAUCUCUCUCGACCCCUUUGUGAGCAAAUCAUUUGGAAUAUGGAUCUAAAGAACAAGCAAGUGUCAUGGAUUAAAGUAAGUCAUAAAGUCCAUAAAUGUGCUUUCAUAAAUGCUGAGAAACAUAGAUGUUUUUUUUUUUUUUUUUACCUUGAAAUGUCUCCAAACUGUCAUUCAAAUUACAAAAAAAAUUCUAAAUUCUCUCACAAACAGAGAUAGUUGAAUAUGUACAGGCUUUUGAAAUAUCUCGUCACAAUGAGGAAUAGGUUUUUAUUUUCAAUAAUUUCUUUGUUUAUAAUAAUUUCAUGGUUUAUUUUUUUUAUUAUACUUUAUUGAAAAGUAAGAUUUUAGGAAUAAUUUGGUAAAUCUCUCCAACCCGGAUCUUAUUUACAAGCAGUACUUGGUUAGACUGAUUUAUGCUAAAUCCAUAUAAGACUACAAUUUUUCUGUAGAGAAACUAAUAAACUAAAGCAAGCUCAGUAGACCUGUUGUUUGGAUGUUAGAAUCUAAAGAACCACAGUGUUGUUAUUGUACAGUAUAAAUCUAAACAAAACAAAUUAGGAUUUAUCCAUUUUUCUGUUUAUAGAGUGUACAUACGUUUAAAUAACCUUGGGCGUUAUUAAGUGUUUAAGGGACAUGAAUGUGUUGGAUCAUUAUUACAUAAUAAUAUUGGCCAAGAGGAUUGUUUAUAACUAAUAUCUCCGAUGGUAAGGUUUUACUGCAUGUAAUUUAGAAUUGCUGAUGUGAAAAUCAGCAAAACCUGCACUUUACUUUUCCUGCUACUGAUGCUAAAUUAAAACGGGUGAAGAUACAAUGAUCACAAAACCAUUCAUGCUUACACAUAACAAAGCUUAAAGUUUAAAUGGUUUCACUUUUAGAAUGUCUAUGUUUGUAAUUGUUUCAAUUAAAAUGUAAUAAAAAGGUUUUGUGAUCCAAAA